GAAUAUUUCCAGGUGUCAACAUAGGAAGUAAAUAACUUAUUGCGUAGUUUCCUAGUCAAUGAAUUGAACGAGUCUUUGUUACUCAUUCGAAAAUAAUACAGUUACAGAUAAUUUGUAUCUCUGCAUUGAACCAUAUGUGGAAAAUAAGAACUGAUCUGGUUUUGCCAUAAGUUUCAAAAGAAGUGCUUGAAAUGUGCAGGCUUUUGUUUUUAUUGUUACUGAACACUCCUGAGUUCCACAUAUGUGGUCUAAAGACUAUGUUUCCUAUGUGUAAUAAAAGAACUAUUCCCGAAAUAAACUAUCAGUGAUAUAAGCCAAUUUAUUCGGAGGUUUUUAAAAUUAUAUUCUGAUCACUAAUGGCAGCUGUCUUGAGGAGGAAACCAUCUAACUCAUCUCGAAGAAGGAUUGCCGCAGUAUCAUUUUUAUCAAAUAUUUCACUCGAUGGGACGUACAAAGAUACCAAACUUACAUUGCUUUCCGGGAACAAUUUCGUACAGAAAAAAACUCAUCAUAAACCAGACCCAGAGGAACAGGAUAUUUUCCAUGGAUCAUACAGCUCCUCUACUGCCUACGUCAAAGAAUCAGAUUUAGAUAUAAAGAAAAGUCGUUUCAAGAAAGCUAAAAACACAGAUGCUCAUUCGCUAAGUUCCGAUUCUGAUUGCGUUGUAACACCGACAAAGUUGGGAGGAGAAGAAAGCAAUAAAGGUUCACGUGAAAGACCUGACGGAAAGCUUAGGAAAAGAACUACUUCUGGAAAUAGACCAUUAUCUUCAAAUGGAGAUAGUUUAGAUCCUUUUAUUUCCUUAGGUAUCGAACGAAGUAUUGGACAAGAAACAUCCUUUGGAUACCUUUUGGUUCCUACAAAGAGAGACUAUUUUCGAUUCAGGUACAAUGAUAUUACAGAUGAUUCUAUUGAGUGCAAUAAUUCCACUGGAGUGAGAGGGAAACGUUCCAAUGCAGCUAGGCGUCAUUCAUUUGAUCCAGAAACUGAAUCUAUCAAUGUUGGUGGGUCAAUUCUGCCCGAAGACAACAAUGGAUCUUACCAACCUGACUUGUUGGACAAUACAAAUCUUGUUUUCGAGAAGCAUAGAACCCAGCAGAGCUUCUCAGCAUAUAUGACUUCAGUCAUUGACAACUUCAAACCUUCUGAUGUGAAGAAAGAGAUAAACGACAAAUUCAAGGAAAAAUUUCCCCAUAUCGAGUUGACCUUGACUAAGUUGAGAAGUCUGAAAAGGGAAAUGCGAAAAAUCGCAAAAAUGGAAAAUAAUAUGGAUCUCGUCACAGUUGCUCAAGCAUACGUUUAUUUUGAAAAAUUGGUUUUGAAAGGAAUAAUAAACAAGCAGAACAGAAAAUUAUGUGCUGGUGCAAGUCUGAUAUUGUCUGCCAAACUGAAUGAUGUGAAGGGAGGUGCACUAAGAGGAUUACUUGAUCGUACAGAGAAUAUUUUCAGAUUGAACCGCAAAGAGAUGGUACUAACAGAAUUUGCUGUAUUAGUUGCUUUAGAAUUCAGUUUACAUAUACCUUACUCAGAAAUUAUCCCACAUUAUCGCAAGUUGUUGCAUGAUUCUUGACAUUUAAGUAGAUCAUUAUAUUCAAAGAUAUAUUCCACAUAAUAUGUUCUUUACGUACUAAUUAAAGCAAUUAAAUGAUG